AUGAGCUUCAAGUGGGCGGACCUCCCUCCUCGGCUUCUCCAAGAUUGGCCGGGAGAACUCACCAAUGGGGAGCUCUAGGAGGCGGACCUAGAACGCCAACAGCUUGAGGAAGACAAGCAAAUUUCAAGUUGGCUGCGGCGUGUUUUCCGCGUGGGGGAGGGGCAGCAGGUUUUUCCUAUUGGAUGUCUGAAUCCCCAGGCCCCCUCCAUCAUGGCCAGCCGGGGUGGGGGCCGGGGUCGUGGCCGUGGCCAGUUGACCUUCAGCAUGGAGGCUGUGGGCAUUGGGAAGGGGGAUGCUUUGCCCCCACCCACCCUGCAGCCUUCUCCACUCUUCCCUCCCUUGGAGUUCCGCCCAGUGCCUCUGCCCUCAGGAGAGGAAGGGGAAUAUGUCCUGGCACUGAAGCAGGAGCUUCGAGGGGCCAUGAGGCAGCUCCCUUACUUCAUCCGGCCUGCUGUCCCCAAGAGAGAUGUGGAGCGUUACUCAGACAAAUAUCAGAUGUCAGGGCCGAUUGACAACGCCAUAGAUUGGAACCCUGAUUGGCGACGUCUACCCCGGGAGCUAAAGAUCCGAGUACGGAAGCUACAGAAGGAGCGGACCACCAUUCUACUCCCCAAGAGGCCCCCUAAGACCACAGAAGAUAAGGAGGAAACAAUACAGAAACUAGAGACCCUGGAGAAGAAGGAAGAAGAAGUGACUUCAGAGGAAGAUGAGGAGAAAGAAGAAGAAGAAGAGAAGGAAGAGGAAGAAGAAGAGGAGUAUGAUGAAGAAGAGCAUGAAGAGGAGACUGAUUACAUCAUGUCAUAUUUUGACAAUGGAGAGGACUUUGGGGGUGACAGUGAUGAAAACAUGGAUGAGGCUAUAUACUGAAGAAGGACUCUACACAAUAUCCUGGACAUUCAUAUCUUUCUUGAUUUAGGACACAGAGAGUAGCUGUCCCCUAUUAUUAGGUCUUGUGGACAAGCAAAGCAUUUGCUCAGAAUCCAGAUAACCUGGAGAUAGGAAUAGAGAGUGACAACAGAUAGCUCUCUUUUCUACCCUUCCGCUCCCUCUCUCCUGUGGUAUUGUAUCACCUCUGAUAUCUUGGGGAAAGGGCAAAGGACCAAUGUCUCAAUUGUAUGAAAAGGAGAAAGGACGGUCGAAGGAAGGACUGGAGUCAUUAGAGCUGAGACAGCUGUGCACAUGCCCCUACCCAGUUAUAGUUCUUUGGGGAGAUAAUUGGGGGUGCGAACAGUUAGGAGGAACAAGGCCAGUUUUAUAUUUUUAAAUAAAAUAUUUUUAUCUGUC